AUGGCGAGCUUCGGGUUUUCCAUCGGUGACAUAGUCCUAGUCGGCAACUACGCGUACUCGGUCUACAAGUCGUGUAAGAACGCUGGUGACAACUUCAGGGAGAUCACAUCAGAUGUGGCUUCUCUACGCACACUCCUCCUCGCUCUAGAUGACGAGUGCAAGAACCCCCAGUCCUCGUUCCAGCAGCUUCCCCUCGCGCAGAAAGGCGAGCUCGCUGCGCGCUUGCAAGACUGCAAAGCCGACCUCCGCUCGGUCAAGAAGAUACUACAUGACUUCCGCUCGCUCGACAAACGCGAUGCGCGGUACCGAGAUAGACUCGCAUUUACAACUGGAAAGCAGGCGGCGAUACGGGAGAAGAUAGCGACGCAUAGUGUCCGGCUACAACAGCUGCUGACCGGCAUCAAUGUCAGCACGUUCUCUAGGAUCGAGAGAAAUACUGAGGCGCAUUACCUGUCACUCCUGGAGAUCCGGGCGAAACUGGAUCGGAUCCAUUUGGACGUCCUUGCGGGCAGGCGCGAUGCGACAACGUUCAUGAACUCGGAGGAUGUGGUAGCGUUGGAAGACGAGGUCCUCGAUGAUAAUAUGACGGAAGUCGAUGUUGACGUGUCAUAUGAAGUUCACGCCUGGGUGGAACGAGUACACACGGAAACCUCACAACCGCUGUCGACGCCUGAUAACGAUGUCGCCGCUAUCGAGGAUGAUGGCAGUUCAAGCGGCAACAGUUCUGAGACAAGUAAUAUAGAAGAACCUCUGAACAGCGAAGCUGCCGGACACGACAGCCACAUACGCGACAGCAGCCCUGAGUCUUCAGGUGAUGGGUCCGACGUGGACGAGCAAAAUAGUCAGUCUGAGGAUAUGCAAGAGUCUCCGGAAGCCCACGAAGCUCCAGAGGGUGGCGCUACUCCGCGCAUUAUUUCUGAUCGAGAACAACGCGCACCCCAGUACCGGAAGAGGUUUGGGCCGACUCAGCCACCCAACAAGGAAGAACUUGCACUCCGGUAUCAGAAGGGGACUACGCCUACUGAAUCAUCCGAUCUCGAAGCCCACAAAGCCCCAGAAGAUGGCUCUACUCUUCGUUCUAUUUCUGAUCUAGAACAACGCGCACUCCGGUACCAGACGAGUAGCAAGCGCACGAACUCAUCCGAACCAACUGAACAUGAAAGCACGCUUAUCGACCUGACUAAUCAUCGGUGGUAUUAUGAAGUUGUGAAAUCCGAAGAAAUAUAUCACUUUCACGAGCAAGAUAGGUGUUGGGUCGACCAAAGCCUUUGCCACGAUAAGUCGCGCGGGCCACGUGUGGUCCGGGAGUAUGUCGAUGUAACUCUUGAAGAGGUAUUCACCGGAACGAGCAAGCAGUUCACUCUCCGGCGCAGUACUGUCAAUCCAGAAACCCACGAUUCGGAGUCCUUCGAAGACAUCGCGAUCAGCCUACAGAUCAAGCGGGGAGUGCUCAACGGAAAUGCGAUCUGCUAUGUUAUGCAAACAGACCCACACCUCAAGCUUAAAACGUCCAUCGUGUUCAAGAUUCGACGUAAACCGCAUUUGCUAUUCCAGGAUCUUGAUGGAGAUCUGGUCCACACAAUCCACCUUACAUCAGCAGAAAAGAGAAACGGCUGGAAGAGGAAGAUCCAAAAUGUCGAUGAGACCGAAGUAAGCAUCCAGGACAUCGGCAAUCAGCUGUAG